CCGCCCCUUUCCCCAUUGGAACCUUCGGAGUCCCGGACAGCAGAGCGGAAAAAAAAAAAAAAAAAACUAUGCUGGCUGCGCUGGCGAUCGCCCGGCGGGGGCUCUUGGGGGGCGGCUCGGGCUGCUCCAGCAUCACUUUUUCUCGGACUAUACAGUCAGGCAUCCAGAGAUUUCAAGCGUUACUGGAAAACCCGGAUCUAGCAACAGACAAAGAGCUAGAUUCCACACAGUCAAAGAGCUUCAGCUAUUUCCCUCCAGUGCUGGGAGAAGAAAGCAGCUUGCGGUGGGACGGAAAGAAGUUUGAAGAAAUCCCAAUAGUUCAUAUCAAAGCUACCUACAAUAACACUCACAUCCAGGUUUUCACAGCUGAGAAAGUCCCUCUGGUCCUACUAACCUGUGGCUACAUGGGGUUCAAGAAUGCGAAGAAAUCGACAGCUCUUGCAGCGCAGACAACUGGGAUUGCAGCAGGAAACAAAGCAGCGAAAAAGGGCGUGCACCACGUACGAGUUGUGGUGAAAGGCCUGGGACCUGGGCGGCUGGCAGCCAUCCAAGGCUUAACCUUAGGGGGGCUGGAGGUGAUCUCCAUCACGGACAAUACGCCGGUACCGCACAAUGGUUGCCGUCCUCGGAAAGCACGAAGGCUGUGAGAGGAGCGGAGCAGGAGAAAGAGAAGAGGUCGCGCCUGGAUCUCAAAUAAGUUGAUGCAGCCACCUUCAGGCAGAUGUUCAUCUUCCUGCAACUUUCAGAGCAGAGACAGGCUUGGGGUUUGCCCGCAGGAAGGCAGCCCAGAGACUAUGUUUAUAAAGUGUGACUAUUAAAAAAAACAUUGCCUCUAUCUCAGAGGGGCCCUUUGAAUUACA